CCGGGAGACACAAUUCGAGAGGACAUGAAGGAGUUCAUCGGAGGCCCGCACUUCCUGCAGCACAUUGGGAAAGUGAUUGAGACAGAAGACCACCAAUGGGGGCAUCAUAUAUUGUGGCACCCGAAGGUCCUCGAGCCCUGCGUAUGGAACGGGAAAUGGCACAUGGCUGUGUGCAUCAAUGGAGAGUGACAAUUGCGAACGUGGGUAUUGAAGAGCAAGUUUUCGAAAUCGCAAAGGAACAGGUUCAUAUCAAAGUGCGGCAGACGAACGGUGGAUCAGACAGCCUUGCACAAGGAGCAUAUGCCGACACACUUUAUGACAAGUUGCGAGGUCAGAACAUGCUGGAGUACAAUGCAAACUUUUAUGACAUUGAAUCCAGUGUGUCGCACGAUCAGAUCCCUUGGAAAUUGCCAAGUCGAGAAGUGGUGCAAGAGUUUGAAGGACGUCCAUUCACGAGCUCCGUUCGUAGUGACGAGCAAGUUGAUGAGAGGAAUGCUAUGGAAAAAUUUGUGGGCGACAAUGACGAGUCAAGAAGAGAAAGAGUGCGGGCCGAACAUCAAUCGUUUCAUCCACCAUCGCAACGGGACGAUUCCGCGGAGGACAAAGAGUUAGCGGAUCACUUUGCAAUUGUGGAAUCUUCCAAGGUUUGCACGGGGUCAGAAACGCAAAUGGCCACGGAACCAAUGUCCAUGCAAGGAACUGAGCUGACGAGAGAAGAGUCGGUGCCACAGUUGAAGGGGAUAGAAAAUUUGUCAGAAAACACACCUGACUUGAUGCUUCAACUGCUUUAUGACAGCGCCAUACUCGAGGGUGACCCAGGUGGUGUGCAGAGGAAAGAGAACGUUGUGGCCUCAAUGGGAAGAGACGAUGAUGAACUUCAACGAACCACGACGAUUGGCGACAAGCAUCAACACCCCAAGCGCAAGAGAGAGGAUGACGACAAUGUCAUUGACAUCGGGACACAGUCAGGUGAGCAAUCAGGGCGUGGUGAGGACGGGGAGGGCCGACAAAAUGAGAAAGAACAAGAUGAACACCACCAUGUGACACUGCAAAAGGAGGAUGUGAUCUGAAAUGAGAAGUCAAGGAAAGGGAACACAACAUACAAUCUUGUGCUUCGUCGUUCGGGGAGACCUGMRKSAAARWSGAC